AUGGCUUCUGAGACGUCAUGUUCUUUACCUGGUCAGACAGCUCCUGAAAAGAAAACACCAAUUGGUCCUAUUGUUGGGGGAGUUAUUGGCGGUCUUGCCGUUUUGGCUGUUAUAUCUUAUCUGGUUUGGCGGUUUUGUCUGAGGAAGAAGCCUCGUGUCAACACUUGGGAUCCACCGGAGAAACGAGAUCAAUCAACUUUGAGUCGUUCGGCCCGUCAAUCCACCCGGUCUGCACAUUCAAUCGCAUCUACCGUCUUCACGCGCGCCUCGAACGUGAUUCAAAUUGCCUACAUUCCAGGCGUCACCGUCAGAUCGCCCCCCGAGUCUCCUGGUCUUGUUCCACCCGUUCCUUCUCUUCCUGGAACCAGGUCUAAUGCGUCAACGCCGCAUAUGGAGCAACACUUUUUCAUGCCUGGAGACUUGAGAGACUCUACCUGGUCAGACACAUCAUUUGAUCCACGCAUCAGUAUCGCACCAAGUCUUGCUCGCGACAGUGUCGCCGGUACCAUCUACCAGAGCGAUGCCAUUGUACCUCCCAUCCCCGCUCAACAUGCAUUCCGAGCCCAAGCAAACGUGGUCAGUGUCAAAUCCGGCCCAACUACACCUUCCAGUGGUGCAACACCAAAUAUGCGAACACCCCAAAUCCCGCAAGUGCCCAAUCUAGGAAGCAGCAACAGCUCCAUCGUUGCCAAAAAUGCCGUUGCUCGACCCAUUGAAAUCAAGAAGGUCAGCUCAGGAACCCGGGUGCCUACUCUGGGAAAUCUUGCCAAACAGGCAUCACAAAAGUCUGGUACCCCGGACAGUUCUGAGAAGAAGACACCGGUUUUCUGGGAAGAAAAAGAAGUUGUGGUCAGUUCCGCUGCGACUACCCCCAACUCGGCUUUGGACUCUACUCCUGUCUCUCCUAUCACAAUUCCUCGACCGGCAUUUGCCGGCCAUACAGCGCGAUCCUCAGGUGUUAGCUCUAUAUCUCCAUUCCAAACUUCUACAACAGGAGGAACAACACACCGACAUACGAACAGCAAUAGCGCCACACUCAACGCUAUGAUCGAGGAUGCCAUUAACCGCGCCAGAGACCCCCAGCAUAUGGGAGCUCCUACACCUGCCGCACGACCUAACCUGAUCAAACAUGACUCUAGUCCGUUCUCAGACGCAAAUGAGGUUAAGGAAAAUAUACCUUGA